GGGAAAGCUGUCCGCGGCGGAUCUGUCUGUCUCCGUGUCUUGUGGGCCGGGUCAUGACAUUUCAGGGGUGGGUCUCCUUCAAGAAGCACGCAGCUGGAUUUGUGUGUGUAGCAUCCCGGAGGCUGGUGGUUCCCAAUAACUAUAAGCACGUGUGUCUGUUCAGUCAGUCUGCAGCUAACAUGGCAGAGGAGGCGAAGAAGCUAGCUGCUUACGCCGCCGUGGAUAACCACAUUCAGAAUAAUCAGGUUGUUGGUGUGGGCAGCGGGUCAACUAUCGUCUACGCUGUGGAUAGAUUAGCUGAGAGAGUGCGUCAGGAGAAACUCAAUAUUGUUUGUGUUCCCACCUCCUUCCAGGCUCGUCAGCUGAUUCUGCAGCAUGGCCUCACUCUGUCAGAUCUGGACAGGCACCCCGAGCUGGAUGUGGCAAUUGAUGGAGCAGAUGAAGUGGACGAAGACCUCACGCUGAUAAAAGGUGGAGGUGGCUGCCUGACUCAGGAGAAGAUUGUAGCCGGCUGUGCUAAACAUUUUGUUGUAAUUGCCGAUUACAGGAAGGACUCCAUAGCUCUGGGCCAACAGUGGAAGAAAGGAGUUCCCAUUGAGGUUAUCCCCAUGGCGCAUGUUCCCAUCUCCAGAACGAUAGCAAAGCGUUUUGGAGGCGAGGCUCACUUAAGAAUGGCUGUCAGCAAAGCAGGUCCCGUGGUCACUGAUAAUAGCAACUUCAUCCUGGACUGGAAGUUUGAGCAUGCUCAGAACUGGAAGGAAGUGAACACUGCAAUCAAGAUGAUCCCAGGUGUGGUAGAGACCGGGCUCUUCGUGGGGAUGGCUGAAAGGGCCUACUUUGGCAUGGAGGACGGAAGCGUGCAGGUUCGGGAUCCUCCGGUCAACUGAGUUUUCCACAAUUGGCACCAUCUCACUGUGCUCCUCUUUCUGAAUGACCUCACCGCUCCCACAAGUGCUGCACAGCCAGAUUAGGAGUGCCUUGACAUUAAUAAUAAAAAAAAAAAAAAAAAAAAAAAAAGAAGACAUUUUUAAAGGAGCGAGAGGGGGGGAGAGAGAGAGGGGGAGAGAGAGAGAGAACACGAACUAGUUUCCCUGCUUUUGGAGGGAUGGCAAGAACUACUAAUGAAUAUCCAGAUUUAAGCAGCAGGAAGCAUAAAAUGAUCUAGUGCAGCUAUGAAGUCUCUGGAACUGUGUUACAAAGAUGCACAAUAUAAAGGUGGGGUGUAAUGUAAGUUUCCUUGUUGAAGAAGCCUAACAUGACAAAACAACACAAGCUGUUACCUAGUCCCUUUUAGUGACACUAUAUGGGUGUAUUGUAUCACUGUAAAUACAUCAAUAUUGUGACACUAUGUUGAUGUAUUUCCAUGACUGCAGGUUACAGAUUACGGACUAGAGGCCACCCUUGUUGAGGUGUAUAACGGGUAUAAAAUCUCUGCAUUUCGAGUCCACUGUGUCACAACACUGUAAAGUUGCUUUAGCAGAGCUGUAGGUGUAAGUGUUCAUUUCACUGGCUGGUAGGAAGCAGCUAUCUGGUUUCCUGUCCUGAAUGAAGACAGACUGGGAAAUAUAUGUGGUUUCCUUUGAGGUUCCACAACUGUUCCUGUAAAGUUAGACUAAUCAUUGAACGUUAAAGUCCUCAGACUCACUGUUUGUCCAGGGAAAAAAAACAAAACUAAUGCACGUACACAUCUCCUUCCUCUGUGUCUGUUCUUUUUGUGCCUGUAUGUCACCUGCAUGACGGUUACUUAUCCUUUACACGAGUCAUCUGGUCACUGAAUGCCUCGUCCCACUAACAUAACUUGAAGUAGGUAAUGAUGGUGUACAGUCAUGCUAUUUAACUUUGGCGUGCUGUAGAUUAUGUAAAUUUCACUAGGACCAUGAGUACCUUUUGUGUCUUGUAAUACCAAAGUAAGUGUUCUUUAUGAUUCAAGUAGCAAAAGUUUAUUACAUUUUCACAGUUGAAUGCCUUUAAAAUAUAUUCUUUUAAGACAGAAGUGUUGUCAGUGUUGGUGAAACUGUACAUCUUCAUAGUUCAGUUUAUAGCAUGGAGUCUGUCCCUUGAAGAAAUGAUCCCUUAUGUCAUUUUGUGGCCAAGUUACUGUCUCUGCCUGCAUCAGCCAUCACAUGUUGUUCUUAUGGUUUUCAAAUUCAGCUGUUUCUUCGACUUUAGACUCACUAUUCCUUACACUGUGGUUUCAUUUUUGUGAAUGUGUUUUUGUUUUAAUGUAUAAAACUGAGAGACUCUGGAGAUGGGCAGAGCUGUGAAAUUCAAGAUCAAGUCAUGCAAAUGCAGUUAGUUGGCAAAUAUGUUUAAAAGCCACUGUGAAGUGCCCACACUCGGAUCCUAUUCUAAUGUUAUUCCAGUCUUAUAAAUCAAAUUCAAGUGGCCUGGAGAUGAAAGGUUAAGCAAUCUGGGAAUGUGUUUGGAAUAUUUUUGCACCAGCAUAUUAUUUUUUUUCCCCCCAUUCUUUUCUUUACCAGUUGACUGUGAUUAUUAUUUUUGCUGCAAAGGUUCUAAUUUCUUUGUCAACCAAUACAGGACCAAAAUUAUAA